AUGUCCGAAAAGCCUGACCCAUUCAAAUCUUUUAUCGCGGGGGGAGUCGCCGGAGCCGUCGAGGGCGUGGUCACGUAUCCGUUUGAGUUCGCAAAGACCAGGCUCCAGCUAGUGGACAAGAGCGCCAAGAUGUCACGUAAUCCACUCGUGCUUAUCUACACCGUUGCCAAAACACAGGGGCCCAGUGCACUGUACGUUGGGUGUCCGGCCUUUGUGAUCGGAAACACAGCAAAGGCAUCGGUGCGGUUUCUCGGGUUCGACGCGAUCAAGAAACAGCUCGCAGACCAGGACGGCAAGCUCAGCGGUCCUCGAGGCGUGCUUGCUGGACUAGGAGCCGGUCUCUUGGAGAGUGUGGUUGCGGUGACACCCGCCGAGGCUAUCAAGACGGCAAUGAUCGACGACAAACGGAGCGCGACGCCCAAAUACCAGCACGGGUUUGGAACCUUCAAACUUCUGAAAGACCUCGGUCUCAGGGGACUCUACCAGGGACUGGUGCCGGUGGCUCUGAGACAAGGAUCAAACUCUGCCGUCAGGCUGGGAGCGUACAACAGCAUCAAGUCGUUCCUGCAGCAGGCCAGCGGAACAAAGCCAAACGAGCCUCUGAGCAGCCAGCUUACGUUCCUGCUCGGGGCCUUUGCCGGUGUCGUUACCGUGUACACCACGAUGCCGAUCGACACGGUCAAGACACGCAUGCAGGGUCUUGGGGCAGACAAGCUGUACACGGGCACGGUGGACUGCUUUGUGAAGAUCUUCAAACAGGAAGGACUGAUGACGUUCUGGAAAGGAGCCACUCCCCGUUUGGGACGGCUGAUUUUGAGCGGAGGAAUUGUCUUCACCAUCUAUGAGAAAAUGCUCGUGGUGCUCAGGUAA